AUGGCUCCGCAUUCAGUGGCUUCACUUGAGAAAAAAGAACUUUACAAAAUUCUCUACAAAGAAACCGUGUAUGAGGUUUUCCCGUUUGACGUUAUCAAUUUGCUGCAACAUCGGAAAGGCGCACCCAAAAACUUCAAAAAUAUAACCUUUUACAAUUUAUACCUCCAGCUCCAUAGUUUUUUCAAAGAUGCAAGUUCGGAAGAUAUUGGACCACUCCCUGCUAAUGAAGAAGAAGAAGAAAAAGACUAG